AUGGAAGCUUCUGAUUCUGUGAUCGCGGCCUUUUCCAUCCAAGAAGAAGCCGAGUCCAGAAACUGGAGCACCUGGGGGAAACCGGAGCACCUGGGGGAAACCGGAGCACCUGGAGGAAACCGGAGCACCUGGGGGAAACCGGAGCACCUGGGGGAAACCGGAGCACCUGGAGGAAACCGGAGCACCUGGGGGAAACCGGAGCACCUGGGGGAAACCGGAGCACCUGGAGGAAACCGGAGCACCUGGGGGAAACCGGAGCACCAGGAGGAAACUGGAGCACCUGGAGGAAACCGGAGCACCUGGGGGAAACCGGAGCACCAGGAGGAAACUGGAGCACCUGGAGGAAACCGGAGCACCUGGGGGAAACCGGAGCACCUGGGGGAAACCGGAGCACCUGGGGGAAACCGGAGCCCCAGGAGGAAACUGGAGCACCAGGAGGAAACUGGAGCACCAGGAGGAAACUGGAGCACCUGGGGGAAACCGGAGCACCUGGAGGAAACCGGAGCACCUGGAGGAAACCGGAGCACCAGGAGGAAACUGGAGCACCUGGAGGAAACCGGAGCACCUGGGGGAAACCGGAGCACCUGGGGGAAACCGGAGCACCUGGGGGAAACCGGAGCACCAGGAGGAAACCGGAGCCCCAGGAGGAAACUGGAGCACCUGGGGGAAACCGGAGCACCUGGAGGAAACCGGAGCACCUUGAGAAACCGGAGCACCUGGGGGAAACCGGAGCACCUGGGGGAAACCGGAGCACCUGGGGGAAACCGGAGCACCUGGGGGAAACUGGAGCACCUGGGGGAAACCGGAGCACCUGGAGGAAACCGGAGCACCUGGGGGAAACCGGAGCACCAGGAGGAAACCGGAGCACCAGGAGGAAACUGGAGCACCUGGGGGAAACCGGAGCACUUGGAGGAAACCGGAGCACCUGGAGGAAACCGGAGCACCUGGGGGAAACCGGAGCACCUGGGGGAAACCGGAGCACCAGGAGGAAACCGGAGCACCAGGAGGAAACUGGAGCACCAGGAGGAAACUGGAGCACCAGGAGGAAACUGGAGCACCUGGGGGAAACCGGAGCACCUGGAGGAAACCGGAGCACCUGGAGUAAACCGGAGCAAACCGGAGCACCUGGGGGAAACCGGAGCACCUGGGGGAAACCGGAGCAAACCAGAGCACCUGGAGGAAACCGGAGUACCUGGGGGAAACUGGAGCACCUGGGGGAAACUGGAGCACCAGGAGGAAACCGGAGCACCUGGAGGAAACCGGAGCACCUGGAGAAAACCGGAGCACCUGGAGGAAACCGGAGCACCUGGAGAAAACCGGAGCACCUGGAGGAAACUGGAGCAAACCGGAGCACCUGGUGGAAACCGGACCACCUGGGGGAAACAGGAGCACCAGGAGGAAACCGGAGCACCUGGGGUAAACUGGAGCACUUGGGGGAAACCGGAGCACAUGGAGGAAACCAGAGCACAAGGAAGAAACUGGAGCACCUGGAGGAAACUGGAGCACCUGGAGGAAACCGGAGCACCGGGAGGAAACCGGAGCACCUGGGGGAAGUAA